AUGGCUGAUACAGAGUUCUAUCGCAAAUAUGGAUCAGAGUAUCUUCGAAGGAUCCAGGAGAAGCAGGAAGGGCCGAAACCAGAUUUGGAAGCUGAACGUCAGGCCUAUACAUUGUUCUAUCGAAAGAAGGUGAAGAAAGGAAACGAGAGCGGUACUCGAUUCCAUGUCGAACAAAUUCCGGAACGUUUCACAGAGUUGCGUGGAUUUGUCUCGCCACUGGGAUCGGAGUGUGGACCGCUCGAUGCCGAGCAAACUCGCUCUCAAAAAUAUUACGAGAACAUCAUAAAUGGUGACAUAGAUGAAGAAGAGCUUCAAGAGGUGAAGGAAUGGGAAGAAAAUUCUCGUAGGGAGUUCGAGGAAGCACGAUCUCGUUCGAAACACGAUAUCCCGGAACAGCAUCUAUGGACAACGGAACCGCUGAGUAGCGACAUCAGAUCAUUUGAUCAAAAGGACGAUGGUGCUUGA